AUGAAGCUAUCAUCAACACUGAAUUUGAACCCUCUCACUUUUCAAUCCAAAUUCAAAUUCACACUUUCCAUUCUCAACUCUUUUUCUUUCUCUUCUCUCUCCAAAGACGAUACCACCCAAUGCAAUCGCAAUUUCAACAACAACGCCAUCGACCGAAUACUUCUCCGCUUUCGCACUUUAUCCGAACUUUCCAAUCAUCAUCAUGAUGAACCUACCCGAACCCUACCGCCACAUCAAUUUUUGCACCGACAAUGGCUUCGCUCCGAUGACGCGAUUUUUCCAUCGGAGAACAACGAAGAGAAGGUAUUGAAGAAGAAAAAGAAGAAGAACGAAGUGAUGGCACAGUGUUUGGCGGAAGAAGAACUGAAUCGAUUGCGAACAAUCGGAAUGAAUCUCAAGGAGAAAAUCAGUAUCCCUAAAUCGGGUCUCACGCGUCCUGUCCUACACAAAAUUCAUCAUCAGUGGAACAAUAGCGAGUUGGUGAAGCUCAAGUUUCAUGAGUUUCUUUCCCAGAAUAUGAAACUUGCUCAUGACAUCGUUCAGGUACCUCUCUUUCUUCCUUCUUUUUCAUCAUCACCAUCGUGGAUACCUGUUCACAUUAAUAUUUAUCCUAUGCUGCACACCAUAGUUUUCUAAUAACUUUUAAAUAAAUAAUUAUAUAAAAAAAGUAAAUUAUUAAAGAAUUUAUCAUAUAUUAAAUAAAUAUAAAUGUAUAAUUAUAUUAAAAAUAUUUUAAGAAGAUAGUAUAAUUGUAGUGUGGAUUAAGAAGUUUCCGAUUGGGGCUUAAGUAUUAUCUAAGAGAGGUUGAGCAUCGUAUUUGGUAUGCAGAGAGAAAGUUUUUUAUUUUGUUAUUUUUUAUUUCAACUAUUUUCAAUUAUUACUUGGACAAAAAUGGCGGCUUAGUUACUAUUUUGCUUCAAGUGGUGACUUUCAUUUAAGCAUAAAAUCAUGUUCAUAUGGAAUAUUUCAUGAUGAAAUGGUUGGGAAUAAAAUCAUGUUCAUAUGGAAUAUUUCAUGAUGAAAUGGUUCGGAAUCGAGCUCUUCUAAAAAAAUAAUUUACCGAAAAUAUUUCUACUAAAAAUACAUUUUAAAAUUGAAUUUGAAAAGUUGGAUGGUAUUUAUCAUGUUUUAAAUUUUUAAAAUAGAAUUUAGAAAGUUGUGUGAUACUUAUCACCCUUUCUCUUUUCAAGAAAAAAAGGUGAAAUUUCCAGGAUACUCUAAAAAAACCGUUUCAAAUUUCAAUUAAGUUUGUCAUUAAUAAAUUAUUAUUAACUGUACUCUCUAUUAGUAAUUAUUAUAUUUCAAUUCCGUUUUGACCGCGUGUUAGAUUAUUAUUAUUAUUAUUAUUAUUAUUAUUAUUAUUAUUAUUAUUAUAAAA